UGGGGAAUGAGCUUCCUCGGGCGCAAUGGGUCCCUGCGGGUGCGUGGAGUCGAAGACGGCCGCGUAUAUCUACUCCCGGCUGCCGUGCCAAGUUCUCGGUGCUGUGGCCUUGCAGCACAUCGCGGCUGACGAGAGCUACACGAAGCACCCGGUUGCAACAUGCUGGGCUUUCUCUGCGCGUGCAUCGCCCUCGGGGCGUCCUUCUCUGGAUCGCUCGCCGCCUCUCACAAACCCGGGGCCUGUUCGCCGCCCAAGACGUGCUCGGGCCCAUGGGCGAGAGUGGCCCCUGCCCCCGGCGCGGUCGUGGUCGACAACAGCGCGAGCCCAUACCCGGGCUCGUACCGGACCGUGCAGGAGGGAGUGAACGCGCUCAGCACGACCACCAAGACGCCGCAAAAUCUCUUCAUCUUCCCGGGCACCUACGUCGAGCAAGUCUACAUCCCACCCCUGGCCUCCAACCUGACCGUCCAGGGGUACACCUGCAACUCGAAGAGCUAUGAGGGCAACCAGGCUACCAUCACAUACAAUCUGGCGCUCAUCAAUACCACGUCCGACGACAAGACUGCGACCUUGCGCCAGUGGAACCCGAACACCAAAGUCUACAACUUGAAUAUCGUCAACACCUUUGGUCAUAUUCCCCAGAAUGGCCAGAACCUGGCCCUCUCGGCCGAGGCCACUGGCCAGGGCUACUACGGAUGCCAGCUGAUUGGGUACCAGGACACGGUGCUCGCCGAAACUGGCCUUCAGCUGUACGCCAAGAGUCUCAUUGUCGGUGCUGUCGACUUUAUCUUUGGACAGACGGCGCUGGCCUGGUUCGAGGGUGUCGACAUCCGCACAAUCGCGACCGGCUGCGUCACGGCCUCGGGCCGCGACAGCGCCACCAACCCGUCCUGGUACGUGAUCAGCCGGUCCAGCGUCGCGGGCAUCAACGACACGAUUCCCGCCGGCAUCAACUACCUGGGCCGGCCCUGGCGGUCCUUUGCCCGGGUCGUCUUUCAGGAGACGUAUCUGGGCAAUGUCAUCGCCGCCGACGGCUGGAAGGAAUGGUCGACAUCGACGCCCAACACCGCCAAUGUCACGUUCGCCGAGUACAACAAUUACGGCCCCGGCUCCGUGCAGCACGAGGGGCCUCGGGCGUCGUUCAGCGAGCAGCUGACCGCACGCAUUCCGAUCAGGUCCAUUCUCGGUAAUAACUUCCAGGACGAGUGGUGGGUUGACACCAAAUACCUCGACCCGAGUGAUUUGCGCGACGACGAUGCCGUCUCUACCUCGGCGACGGCGAGCUCGACCACUUCAACGGCGGCGAGUACGUCUACCAGCUCGCCCACCGCAUCGACAACGUCUACCACCGCCGUGGCGACAACGACUGUCACUUCUUUGACCACUUCCUCAAGUGCUUCUCCCACCACCUCCUCGAACCCUUGCGUCUGUACCGACUACUCUCAGAUCUCGGCUGCCGUCGCCUCCUGCACCGACAUCGUCUUGUCCAACAUCGCGGCGCCCGGCGGGUCUGCCAUCGACCUCUCCAAGCUGAAGGCCGGAGCAACAGUGACAUUUGACGGACUGACGACGUUCGGUUUCACCAACUCGUCCAGCUUCAACCCAAUUACCAUCGGCGGCCAGGGGAUUACCGUCACUGCCAACCCGGGCGCCAUCAUUGACGGCAACGGCCAGGCGUACUGGGACGGCCUGGGCUCCAACGGGGGCGUCCCGAAGCCCGACCACUUCAUCGUGGUGAGCAAGGUGACGGGCGGCUCGGUGAUCAAGAACCUGUACAUCCGCAACUGGCCCGUCCAUCUCUUCUCCAUCUCGGGCUGCGCCGACCUCGUCUUCCAGGACCUGGUCCUCAACAACACGGCCGGCGACGCGCCGAACAGCCGCAGCAACGGUUUGCCCGCGGCGCACAACUCGGACGGCUUCGACGUCAGCUCGUCCAGCAACAUCGUCAUCCGGCGCAGCGUCGUCCACAACCAGGACGACUGCGUGGCCAUCACCAGCGGCAAUAACAUGACCGUCUCGGACCUCGACUGCUACGGCGGCCACGGGUUGUCCAUCGGCUCCGUCGGCCUCAAGUCCAACAACAACGUGACGAACAUUCUGUUCACCAACUCGACCGUGACCGCGUCCGAGAACGGGUGCCGGAUCAAGACGAACUACAACGCGACGGGCUUCGUGGCCAACAUCACGUACGCCAACAUCGCGCUGCGCGGCAUCUCCGCCUACGGCAUCGACGUGCAGCAGGACUACCUCAACGGCGGGCCGACCGGCGUGCCGUCCAGCGGCGUGCUGAUCCAGCACGUGCUGUUCCGCAACGUCACCGGCACGGCCGACCCGUCCGCCCGCGACUACUACGUCCUCUGCGGCGACGGGUCGUGCGAGGAUUUCAGGUUUGAGGAUGUCAGCGUCACCGGCGGCGGGGUGGCGAGUAGUUGUAAUUUUCCCCCUGGGGGGUGUCCGAGUUGAGGACGAGUGCUACGGCUGGUGAAUAAUUAAGCAGUAUGUUAAUAGAAGAGAGGGUGUAGAACACCGCAGAAGCGUGGCGGGAAGGACAGCGCGGAAGCUGCGCCGUAAAUGGGAUACAUUGCCCUGUGCUUCGCAGCAUCCAUAACUUGAUAUCCCGCGUGCCCCCUACAAAACCUUCUCCACCAGAACGACCCCUUCACGCGCAACACCCUCCCGAAUAGGCUCGCACAUCUCCC